CAGUGUAAUUGCAACAAAAACAAAGGGCUGAUUCCUGGAGCAAGGAAACGGCGAGCACCGAACUUGCGAAGAGAUGCAAAAAAUAAAGGUCUUUCCCAGGACCCAAAUGUCAAGUUGAGAACUCACUCUCUCCCAGCUAAAUCACAAGAGCACAAAAGAAAUACCGCCCUCACCAAUCAUUCACUUAGUGUUGUCCUAGAGGAAGGAGAUGUGCGACGAGUACUUGUCUCCAAACAAACAGACUUGGCCUUCGCCGCCACCAAGCUCCGAACCACAUCUUCCGUGCCAAUGAUAAGAAGUUUUGCUUCCUUACAAGUGGUGACUCUAUCUCUUAAUUCCCCAUCCUUCCUAAGAGAAUCCUCACCAAGCGAAGCCCCCACCACCCGAUGCCGCUGUAUGCCCC